AUGCAUUUAUCAGAAACCACAAACUUUACGCAGGAGCUCGAGCCCAACAGCUCACGCGUGGAGGCUUCUCCGCCCCACGGAGCGGAACGCGUGCUGCUGCCGGUGCUCAUGUUCGCCGUGGGCGCCGUGGGGAACCUCGUGGCCAUCGCUGCGCUGUCGGCGUCACGGCGGGAGCGGAAGUCCUCCGCCUUCUACACGCUCGUGUGCGGGCUCGCGGUAACUGACCUGUUGGGCACGUGCCUCGCCAGCCCCAUCACCAUAGCCACGUACCUGGGCGCGCACGUGUUGCAGGACGCGAGCGUGUGCGCGUUCCACUCCUUUGUACUUUUGUUCUUCAGUUUGACUGGACUCAGCGUCAUCUGCGCCAUGGCCGCGGAACGGUACGCCGCAAUCUGCUUGGCGUUCACGUACCGCCGGUGUCGUGUGGGUCGCAGUUUUGCGCAAAGGGUCCUCGUGGGCAUCUACCUGAGCCACGCGCUCUUCUGCUGCCUCCCGGCCAUGGGCAUGGCGCGCAGCGAGCUGCAAAGCUCCAACACCUGGUGUUUUAUAGAGUGGCACUCUUGGGCUCCCGUGGCGCGCGCGUACACGAUGCUGUACGGCAGCACGAGUCUCCUGCUCAUCUUCGGGACCAUAUUCCUGAACUUGGCCGUGUGCGGGGCUCUGCUGCUCAUGCGCAGAAGGACCAUCGCGCGCCCUGUGACCAGAGCCAGUGUCCGCGAGCGCUGGAGAGCCCUGUCCUCCGCCGCGGAGACACAAAUGAUCGCCGUGCUCGUGACCACCUCCGCGGUAGUGCUCACGUGCUCUGCGCCACUCGUGGUGCGUUUGUUCGCGAACAGCCUCGUGUUCUGGAAGGAUGAGGCCGCAGACCUGGCCGCCAUCCGCAUCGCCUCCGUGAACCCCAUCCUGGACCCGUGGAUCUACAUCCUGCUGCGGAGAUCUCUGUUCCGCCGGUUGCGCAUCGUGUCACAGAGAAGACGCAGCGGAGUGCGCACGAGCCCCCCGUCGUCUCCUCUGACCAACCUGAUCUACCCGGACCUGACGAGGGACGGUCACGUGAUCACACAGUUAAUGUGCAGCGCCAACAUCAUGUCGCAGCUGCCCACUGCGGUCAAAGUGCCCGCGCGGGCCAGGGAGGAGCAGGAACAGACGUAAAAGCACCAAGGACGCACAGGGGAGUCCCGGGACUGGUGCGCUCUCGUGGAUUAUCCGUAAAGGACAUGGUUCAGUCUCUGCAGGAGGACAAGAGAGCGGGUGGGAUGUGCGCGCGCGCUGAAGCGCUCUUCUUUGGAGUAACCGCAGAACCUGGGCUGUCACUGGUGACCCUUCAGUGACCUUUCUCUGAACCUUCAGUGACCCCUCUUUGACCCUUCAGUGACACUUCUAUGUGACCAAGAGCCGGGCCUCGGAUCUAACUUGAAACGUAAAAGUUCAUGUAAACUUUUUACUGUGACUUUUAAAGGUGCAGUUUUUCGACGUAACCACUGCGUGUUUUCAAAUUGU